AUGCGAGCGACAGCCAUGCUGGCCAGGUGGUUGCUGAUCCUGCUGGCGGUGACCGGCAGCCGCGCCUUCCCCGCGGCGGACGAGGAGCCCGCGUCGUACCCGGUCGGCCCCGGCGAAGCCGACACCGACACCGACGCGUCCGCCUCGGCGACGUCGCUGCUGGAGGAGGGAAUCGAGGGCGCCUACCGCCUGGUCAAAGACUGCGGCGAGCGGCCGCUGACCGCCUGCCUCAAGAUGCGCGCCCUCACGCUGAUGGACCGCGCGCUGCGGCAGCCGGGCGACGUGCCGCUGGUGGAGGGCGUGGCGCUGGUGCGGACUUCGCCCGUCUCCGGCGCCGCCACCGGCAGGGCCCUCACCCAGGAGGAGCUGGACGCGACGCUGCCGCGCGACGCCGACGAGAAGGACGCCCAGGUGGAGACGAUGCUCGUCGACAGGGUGGCGCGUUUCCUGCAGAGCCACACGCUGCAGCUCAAGGUGCCCGACUCCGCCAUCUCCGAAGUCCGCAGGACACUCGACGAAGCUCGCGGUAAGAAGAAGAAGCUGAAGAUGCUGCUGCCGCUGCUGCUGCUGAUGAAGCUGAAGGCGGCGGCCAUCAUCCCGCUGGCCCUGGGCGCGCUGGCGCUGCUGGCGCUCAAGGCGCUGAUCGUGGGCAAGCUGGCGCUCGUGCUGGCCGGCCUGAUCGCGCUGCAGAAGCUGCUCGCCUCGCGCCAGGGCACGCAGACCUACGAGGUGGUGGCGCACCCGCACUACUCGCACUCGCACGUCUCCUCCUACGGCGACGAGCACGGCCACUACGGCCGGUCGCUGCCCGACGACGGCGCGGCCGCCGCCGACGCCCACCAGAUGGCGUACAGCGCCUACGCCAAGGCGGAGUAG